CUUCCUUCUUCUUGCCUCUCAGACAUUCCUUUGCGGCAAAGCACCAUGACGGGAUGGGAGGCACCAGAGGACUAUCUUACGAUCAUUCCCGACUCCAACCUCGGAGAGCCACUCAACGUCAUCAUCUCCAAUGCUUCAUCUUCAGCCGUCCUCUCCGACCCAGCGCCCUUCUUUUCGUCGCUAUUCUACAGCCCCAACAGCUGCCUCGGUAUCAGCCUCGGCGACGAUCAAGCUGCCAAUCUCAAUGAUGGGCAGGGCAGUGUCAAUCAGACGGCCCUGUACAGGUACAACUUCGACAAUGGCAUCACUACUUGUGAGGAGAGUCUAAAUGGAGGUAUGCACUUCCGGUACUGGGUUCAGCAGAAUACCGGCGCCAUCUUCAUGGCCGUCUCUGUGGAAGAGUCUUCCUCCAAGAGCCACACGAUCGCACCUAAUGGGUACGACCAUGGCCGAGACUGGCUGGUGGGUAACGCUACCAAUUCUUCUGGCACUACUUCCCCGCAAGACAACAGUCAGUACACCUCGACGAUGGUAACCUUUGAUGCUUCGGACGAUAUCACGCUUUCUGAUAUCAACCAUGGGAUCAAGACCGACAAGGACAUCUAUGUCCUUACUGUCACCCAGACCAAGGCGGGAGACGGCACAAACGUGACCGACUCCAGCGCUGCCGAUGCAUCUACUAGCAGCGGUAGCAGUAGCUCCUCGUCUGCUGCUCGUCGGAGCCAAGCAGAUGCGCCGUGGAUCAUUGUCGCAGGAAGCGUCGCUGGGACGCUUCUGCUGGGGUCCUUUGUCGGUGGCCUCUCGCUGCUGACGACGACUGCCUAG